UUUUUAGAGAUUGAGAUCUGACCCCAUUUUUUUGCUUAACACACAAAAAAUCCUCGGGCAGAGGAAAAAGUUUAUAGCGACUCAAUUUCUCUAAAAGGGUCUCUUCUUCUUCGUUUGGUUUAUCUUCAGAUCUCCAUUUGUCUCUCUCUCUCCCUCUCUCCCUUUCACGGAUCAAUCCUCUGUUUUUUUUUAUAGAAACAAUGGGCGUUGAAUUUGUAAACUCUGGUGGAUUUGAGGUUGCUCCGGCUCCGUUCGAGGGGAAACCCGAAAAGAACGGAGGAAAAGGAGAUGAAGUCUCUAUCAAGUUUGGUUCACACGGUGAGCCACCAAAGAAAGCCGAAGAGAAUAUCAACAAAGUGUUGAACUCUGAUGCACCAAAAAAUGCUGCAGAAGAGUGGCCUGCGGCCAAGCAGAUCCGCUCUUUCUACUUUGUUAAAUACCGUUCUUACACUGACCCGAAAAUGAAAGCUAAGCUUGAGCUAGCUGAUAAAGAGCUUGAAAAGUUGAACAAAGCUCGGAGUGGAGUUUUGGACAAGUUGAGAGCUAAGAGGGCCGAGAGAUCAGAGUUAUUUGAUCUUCUGGACCCGUUGAAGUCAGAGCGUAAGGGAUUCAACACUAUGUUUGAUGAGAAAAGAAAGGAAAUGGAACCAUUGCAGCAAGCACUGGGAAAGCUAAGGAGCAAUGAUGGUGGGAGUGCUCGUGGCCCUGCUAUCUGUUCCUCCGAGGAAGAGCUCAAUAGUAUGAUAUACAGCUAUCAGUAUCGGAUUCAACAUGAAAGCAUUCCCUUAACCGAGGAGAAGCAGAUUCUCAAAGAGAUCAGGCUGCUUGAAGGGACAAGAGAUAAGGUCAUUGCUAAUGCGGCAAUGAGAGCCAAAAUCAAAGAAUCUAUGGGUCAGAAGGAUGAUAUCCAAGGUCAAGUUAAGUUAAUGGGUGCUGGUUUGGAUGGAGUGAAAAAGGAGAGACAAGCAAUUUCAGCAAGGAUCAAUGAGCUGAGUGAGAAGUUGAAAGCUACGAAAGAUGAGAUUCAGGUACUGGAGAAUGAGCUCAAGACUGUGAGCGAAAAGAGAGACAAAGCCUAUUCAAACAUUCAUGACCUCAGGAAGCAACGGGAUGAGACGAAUUCCGAGUAUUACCAAAACCGUACUAUGUUGAACAAAGCUAGAGACUUGGCUGCACAAAAGAACAUAAGCGAGCUUGAGGCACUCUCCACUGCCGAGGUUGAGAAAUUUAUUGCCCUUUGGUGCAGUAAGAAGAAUUUCAGAGAAGCUUAUGAGAAGAGAAUCUUGCAAUCACUUGAUAGUAGGCAGCUGAGCCGAGAUGGACGGAUGAGGAACCCCGAAGAGAAGCCUCUGAUUGCUCCAGAGGCACCACCAUCAAAGGCAACGCCUUCUGAAACUGAGGCUGUCCCUAAAGCUGAGGCAAAGCCGCAGCCAAAGGAGGAACCAGUCACUGCACCUAAACCAGAUGCUACUGUUGCUCAGAAUACUGAGAAAGCUAAAGAUGCAGUAAAAGUAAAAAAUGUUGCAAAUGAAGAUGAUGAUGAUGAAGUAUAUGGUCUUGGAAAGCCGCAGAAGGAAGAAAAACCGGUUGAUGCAGCUACGGCAAAGGAAAUGAGAAAGCAAGAGGAGAUUGCCAAAGCCAAGCAAGCCAUGGAAAGGAAGAAGAAGCUGGCAGAGAAAGCUGCUGCUAAAGCUGCUAUAAGAGCUCAAAAGGAAGCUGAGAAGAAAGAAAAGAAGGAGCAAGAGAAGAAAGCCAAGAAGAAGACCGGAGGCAACACAGAAACCGAGGCUGAGGAAGUUCCAGAAGCUUCUGAGGAGGAGAUUGAAGCUCCGGUGCAGGAGGAGAAACCGCAGAAGGAAAAAGUCUUUAAGGAGAAACCAAUAAGGAACAGGACCCGCGGUAGAGGACCAGAAACGCUCCCGAGAGCGAUCCUUAAGCGUAAGAAGUCGACUAAUUACUGGGCUUAUGCUGCUCCAGCGGCUCUGGUGGUACUGUUGCUUCUUGUCUUGGGUUACUCCUACGUUCUCUAGAUCGAACGGAGAGAUCAAGCGAAGGUGUCUUGUUGGAGUUUGGAAUACUUAAAAACUGGAUUUUUGCCUUCUUGACUCUUAAAAAACUCAUAAGCUUAUGCAUCAUUUACAUACGAGUAGAGACUCUUUUCUUUCAAGUACUUUUACAUCUUCACUCCUUUGUUGUUUUCUCUUCUGUUGUUGAGGCUUUAACUUUGAAGGAAGAAAACAGUUUUUGUUACAUUUUAUAGUUUUUCAGUAUGUACUGCUUGAGAUUUGAUA